UCGCCUAGAGCAGGUCAACACAGGAACAUAUCCAGGAAAUUCCACUUACCUGGAUGACCACGGACCACCACCUCAAAAGGUACUUCCUUUCCCCAGUCAGGUGGUCUACAACAGAGUUGGAAAGUGUGGGAGUCGAACUGUGGUUUUGCUUUUAAGAAUUUUAUCAGAGAAACAUGGAUUCAACCUGGUCACAUCUGACAUCCAUAACAAAACAAGAUUGACCAAAAAUGAACAGAUGGAAUUGAUCAAAAACAUAAGCACUGCUGAGCAGCCCUAUUUAUUCACUAGACAUGUUCAUUUCCUCAACUUUUCAAGGUUCGGAGGAGACCAGCCCGUGUACAUCAAUAUUAUUCGAGAUCCUGUCAACCGAUUCCUCUCCAAUUAUUUUUUUCGGCGUUUCGGAGACUGGCGAGGUGAACAGAAUCACAUGAUCCGUACCCCCAACAUGAGGCAGGAGGAAAGAUACCUGGACAUUAAUGUAUGUAUCCUUGAAAACUACCCUGAAUGUUCUAAUCCCAAGUUAUUUUACAUCAUACCAUAUUUCUGUGGACAGCAUCCAAGAUGCAGGGAGCCUGGUGAAUGGGCCCUUGAAAGAGCAAAGCUGAACGUUAAUGAAAAUUUUCUGCUUGUGGGCAUUCUGGAGGAGUUGGAGGAUGUGCUGCUUUUAUUAGAAAGAUUCUUACCUCAUUAUUUCAAGGAUGUGCUUAGCAUCUACAAAAAUCCAGAACAUAGGAAACUUGGCAAUCUGACUGUGACAGUGAAAAAGACCGUCCCCUCUCCAGAAGCAAUACAGAUCCUCUACCAGCGCAUGAGAUAUGAAUAUGAGUUUUAUUACUAUGUCAAAGAACAAUUCCACCUGCUAAAGCGCAAGUUUGGACUGAAGUCUCAUAUCAGGAAACCAAGUCCCAGACCUGAGUUCUUCAUUCCUUCUCCCCUGGAAACAGAGGAACCAAUAAAUGAUGAAGAAGAAGAUGAUGAGAAGUGGCUAGAGGAUAUCUAUAAAAGGUGAUGGAUGGAAGAGCUAUCCUUUCUCUUCUGGUGACCCCUCCAGCUUUCUUAAGAUUUUUUUUUAAUUAUUAUUAAAAGUAAUUCCUUAAGGAACUGAGUUAAUGCGCAGCGGAUUUGAAAAGGAUCAGAAGGGACUAUUCCCACAUGCUGGAGCCUUUGGGAGAUACCUGAUUUUGCGGGUUUGAUUCAUUAUACGGUGUUGGCUCUAUAGCAUCCUUGCUAUAGCACAGUUCAAGAGAGAAGUACCUACCAUCUGUCACAAAAUAACUUUUGGGACACACAGUAGUCCUUUGUGAACUGCAAAAUACAAAAGAAUAGAUUAGGCGUUCUUGAGAAGUAAAUCUUACAGAUUCUUAUCUCUCUCUUUGGCCAGAAACAAGUGAACUACAUUGAGUGAGCCG